AUGAGUUAUCAAAAUAAUCAAUGUGACUUUUCUUCUAACGAACAACCGGACACACCCAGUAUUCCUACAGAAGCUUACUCUGGUUUGCUUGAUAGUAUUGAUGCACCACUUCAACAGGCAUUGGAAGGAUCCGGACUUACAUUAGAUGAAAUUCAUUCUGUGGAAGAUAUUACACAGUAUCCUAUAAAAAUAAGUUGGGAAAAGAUUCCGGAAAUACCCGACGAAGAAUCAGAACUAGUCGUAUUUCCAAAAUUCAAUCUGGUGCCUUCUACAAAAAUCCUGACUUUCUUUAGAAAAGAACCAUUCACCAUUGAGGCACAUUAUGCAGAGCCAGAUAAGAUUCCAGCUGGAAUAAAUUCUUGGAUUGGUAGAGUUACUGUCAAAAAUAUAGAGCCAGCGGGCAAUGGUGAUUUGAAAGUGAUUAAAGAAGAAAAAGAUGAGUCAGAACCACAAGAUCAGAUACAAGAUCAGACACAACCAAUGGAUGUAGAUGUUAAACCAAUAGAAACAACCGCCCCUUUACCUACACCUAAAACAACAUCAUCGACUAAAAAAACUAAAAAAGUACUAAAGAAGAAUGAUUUGCCUAUUGUUGUAGGACAUGGCGGAUUAGAUAAAUCAAUCAUUGUACAAUUAGGAGAACAAGAAGGACAGAUGACAGCAACUGAUAAACUUGUAGCAGAUACGGAAGCACAAAAGAACGCACUUGAAGA